AUGCCGAGCCCCCGGAGCAGCCGCGAGCGACGCACCGGCAGCGGCAGCAGCCGCCUGGAGUUCCUGUCCCUCGUCAGCCAGCGCAGCCCCGGCGCCCCGGACAGCCCGUCGCGCCGCAAGGAGCCGGGCAGCUCCGCCGCGGCCCCGCUGCCCGAGGAGGACUGCAUGAAGCUGAACCCCUCCUUCCUGGGCAUCGCCCUCAGCUCCCUGCUCGCCAUCGACCUCUGGGCCUCCAAGCGCCUGGGCGUCUGCGCUGGAGAGGGCUCGGCCUGGGGCAGCGCGCGUCCCCUCAUGAAGGUCAUCGAGAUUUCGGGGCACGGCGUUCCCUGGCUGCUCGGCACCUUCUACGGGCUCUGCCAGAGCGACAGCUCCGCGGCCAGGGAGGUGCUGCUCAACCUGCUCUUCGCAUUGCUGCUGGAUCUUGUGCUGGUAGCAGUGGUGAAAGGGCUCGUCAAGCGGCCACGGCCCACCCACAACAAGAUGGACAUGUUCGUCACCAUAUCGGUGGACAAGUACUCCUUUCCGUCAGGCCACGCCACCAGAGCUGCUCUGGUUUGCCGCUUCAUUCUGCGCCACCUCGUGCUCGCCGUCCCGCUCCGGGUCCUUGUGGUGCUCUGGGCUCUCAUCGUCAGCAUUUCAAGGGUCAUGCUGGGCAGGCACAACAUGACGGACGUGCUCUUUGGUUUGCUGCUGGGUUACAUGCUGUACAGCGUGGUGGAGCACUGCUGGCUGUCCCCUCUCAGCGCACCUGCCCUCUUUGCGCUCUGGAGCCAUUGAUGGCUGGGUCCCUCCCAAAGGAGGGGGGCGUGCACCUGGUUUUCUAAGCACGCACAGGGAGGGGAUACU